AUGCAUAGAGAGGGAAAGACAAGCCCUCCUUGCAUUCAAACAAGGCCUCGUCGUGGAUACCAGCAGUCAAAUAGUCUCUACAUGGGGCACCUCAGAAGGCCAAAACAAAGAUUGUUGCACGUGGAAAGGAGUCUACUGCAGCAACCAAACUGGCCAGGUCAAAUAAAUCCAGACAUUGGGAAGUUGGAGUUAUUACAGUCUCUUGAUUUAUCAAGAAACCAAAUCGAUGGAAGAAUUCCGACAAGUCUUUUUCAGAUAUAUGGUCUUGGUGACUUGGACUUGUCAAACAAUAACUUGUCUGGAAAUAUUCCAAUGGGGUCUCAGCUCCAAAACUUUGAUCCGUCAGCCUUUGUUGAAAACCCUCUGCUUUGUGGACUUCCACUUCAAAGGAUGUGUGAUCAAGAGAAAGAGAAAGGCAGUGUUCAACAAACUGGCUUAGGGAAUCAAGACCAUGAGGGUGGGCUUGUAACGCGUGGAUUUUACAUCAGUAUGGGGCUAGGAUUUGCUUUUGGAUUUUGGGGAGUUUCUGGCACAUUGAUGUUCCACGAGUCAGGCAGAACAUAG